AUGGAUAAAAAUUACGAAAUUGUAGAAAUCUGUUGUGAAAAAAAAAAGUCAGAGAAAUGUAAAGGUUAUACAAUAACAAUUCUUAAUGAUAGUUCACACUACCUUCAAAAAUAUUUCAAUCAUACUCAUGCUUCUCAAACUAAUAGUAGUAAUAUUGCUAAAAAUAUUGCUGAUAUUAAACAACAAACUUUAACAACAAGAAAUCAACCUAUUCAAAUUAUUCAAAUAACAUUAUAA